ACUGAGGACACAAUCCUACCCAAAGAUUGGAUAGCACCCAUUGGAACCUGUGAACAAAAUUUGCUAGUUGUCACCCCAGCUCUAUUGUUCAUAUGUACGCCAAACACACUGUCCUUCACCAGGAAGAAAACCUGAUAAAUCCCUCUGUUCAUCACAGCUGACACAUCAAGGCCUAGCACUGUUAUUCGCACCAGCACACCGAGAUUAGACCCUGGGACGAAAGUGGAUCAUCAUUAUUUUCUAGAUAAUUGAAUGAAAUGGACCUUUGAUGUACAGAUUCCUCUUCUCCAGGCCUCUUUGUACAAAUUCAACAGUAUGGGUCCUUGGUAUGACCAUGUGCGUUGGCAAUAAACAUAGGUAGUAACAUGACUCAGGUCUGACCCUGGACAUGCCGAAGAGACGAGACGUUGUCGCCAUUGUGUUGAUCGUGCUGCCUUGGACACUACUCAUCACUGUGUGGCAUCAGAGCACCAUCACUCCUCUCCUUGCUAUUCAAAAAGAUGACAGACGUGAUGGUCGCUCCAGCUCCAGGAAUACUUUUGCUUUCAAGGAGUCCUGUUCACUUCAGAAUCGAGACAUUGUGGAGGUGGUGCGCACUGAGUAUGUCUACAGUCGGCCUCCACCCUGGUCCGACAUCCUGCCCACUAUCCACCUCAUCACUCCCACCUAUAGCCGGCCCGUGCAGAAGGCAGAGCUGACACGUCUGGCCAACACAUUGCUCCACGUGCCCAACCUGCACUGGAUCCUGGUGGAGGAUUCCCAGAUCAGACGCCUCCUCCUGGAGACAGGACUCAACUACACCCACCUCAAUGUGGAGACACCUAAGAACUACAAGGUACGUGGGGACACUAGGGACCCCAGAAUACCACGUGGGACCAUACAGAGGAACCUGGCUCUACGGUGGCUCCGGCAGACCUUCAGCGUAAAUACCAGCCAACCUGGGAUUGUCUAUUUUGCAGAUGAUGACAACACAUACAGUCUGGAGCUGUUUGAGGAGAUGCGUUACACCAAAAAGGUGUCAGUGUGGCCCGUGGCCUUUGUAGGUGGUCUUCGGUACGAGUCCCCUAAAGUGAACACCUUGGGCCAGGUGUACGGCUGGAAAACUGUAUUUGACCCACACCGGCCCUUUGCCAUUGACAUGGCUGGGUUUGCAGUGAACCUGCGCCUCAUUCUGUCUAAACCCCAGGCUUAUUUCAAGUUACGUGGGGUGAAGGGAGGAUAUCAGGAGAGCAGUCUAUUAAAGGAGCUGGUUACUCUCAGCGACUUGGAGCCUAAAGCUGCAAACUGCACUAAGGUAUUAGUAUGGCACACACGGACAGAGAAGCCUGUGCUGGUAAAUGAGGGCAAGAAAGGAUUUACAGACUCCAAAGUGGAAAUAUAACAUACUUCAUCUGACACAGGUAAUAGCAGAGACUGAGAAAUGCAAAUGAUGGCCUCUCCACUCAGUGAUUAUUUUGGAGGAAAAGAGCUUUCUGUUCACCCUGAGACUUGGACCUUGUUUGAAAUAGAUCCUUUAUAUAUGUGUGAUGAAUUGUUUCCUGAAGAUCUUGUACUAAUGAUGUAAAGUACUAUAAAUAUUUCUAUGCUAGCAGCAUGCUAGAUUUAUGGCAAUGCUGGUCUGACUGUAUGUCUGUCUGUUACUCCAUAUUGAUAUGUCUGGAUGGAUUGUCAUGACAUUUUGUACACUCAUUCAUGGUCCCCAGAGGAUAAACCACAAACCGGUCACAAUUUUCAUUUAUACAGUGAAAUAGCUGAACAUGCACUGUAUGGACUGGCACAAUGUCUUCUACAAACACAUAUUGUACUGGCUUUGUUAGUCACCAGACUUUUCCUUAAACACUACUAUAAGGUUGACCAUUAUUCUUUUUAAUUAAAUGACUUGACUAUUUUGAAUUGCCAUGAGAUUUAGUAGAGCCUUCAAGUCCCCUCCUGAAACAGUCAUUGUCAUGUUUCAGGUUAUCACAUUAUGACUUUUCCUCAACACCAUCAUCAGGUCCAGUAGUCCAGUCAUAAUUCCUCCCAAACUGACAUUCCCAUCAGCCUCAGCUGUACCUUGCGUUUAGUGCCAAUUAGCAUGCUGAUGAUAGUAUUUACCUCAAGGCACCGCUGUGCCUACUGCCAUGUCCACAUGUUUAUAUGGAUGGUAGAUGCACUGACAAUAUAGCAAUAUAGCCAUUAAAUGUGGGUUUAAUUACGUUGCAUAACAAUAUCUGGCAGAUGUUGACCAUCCAUUGUUUUGUUUUCAGGUACCUCCCUAUUAGUAUGUGCUAGGUUUGACAUACUGGAGCGUCAAAACAAAGCUGAGUUUCUUUGUUGUAAAAGUCUAGGAAGUUGGCACAAGGCAGGCAUUCAGAACAAUCUGGUAAAAAUGCAACUCCCUGCUGUGUUUAAUGUAAGGGGCAACAUCGGAUGUGGAGGUGAGGGGUUGCAGGGGAAUGCUAUAGGUGUGUACAAUACGGGUACGUUGUGGUGAGUCAACAUGAGCAGCUUCAUUUACGUUUCCAGCCCGUGAGUUUCCAGUGUUUUGGUUAGCCAUGCUGCUAACAUAGCCUACUCUACCAUAGCUCCAAUUCUACUGUUGGCACUGGUAUUUAACAUCUAGUACUAAUGAAACUGUAUGGCAUGUCAUGCCUUAACUGUGGCCCAAAUUUGACAGUGAAUGUUCAUGCAAACAAGAUAAACGAAAAAAUCUUGCUCCCAUGAGGAUACACAUCCCGAUUGUCCCCAUACAUGAUUUGUCAACACAGCGUUUUUGGCAGAUGAUGUCACCAUCCAGUGCUGAAAGCUGAACUAGAUCCAACUUUUUCGCCACACAGUGUUGUGUUGUUUUGCCAGAGCCCCCGCAGUGCUGGUGUCCACUGCCGUAAAAACAAUCCCCCUUAGAAAUGCAUGGGGAAAGCUGUGUUUUUUCACACCUUUGGAACUCAGUCUGAACAUGGCCUCACAGACACUCUUACUCCUGAUACUUUGUAUAAGUGAAGUUAUUUAAAGUGUAAAUUUGUUGUUUUGGGGUAGGCAUUCAGAUUCUACCAGGAUUCAAAUCAACCUCAGUGCUCCUGAAACCAAAAAUAUUAUCACACCACCAUAGCUUUACUUCAACACAGCUUAGAAAUGGAGGAGCUUCCAUCCACAACAGGAGACAGCACAAAGCCAUGCAUGUGUACCAACCAGGGUAUCAAAGCACAACUACACAAAAACAAGCCUGCAGGUUCUGCUCAGAGCACUGGCUUAUUAUACAAGACACUGGUAUGAGUUGCCAAAAGGAGCCCACUGAGGUCUCCUUGGAGAAAUGAGGCAAAGGCUGCUACAUGGUUUAAAAUCCAGGAAGAGAUGACAUGGAUUGCAAUAAAGGGCCCUCUCAGUGCAGAAAACACCAGCCAACCACCCAAUCAGCAUUAAAUAGGGCCCUUUUGUUCUGAGGCAAGCUGGCUGUCGGGCACAGGGCUGCACAGAGGAAUAAAAGGGGCCCUUGUCUUAAGUGAAUCAGCACUGACUGACAGACUGCACUGUGAGGAUCUGAGCCCUCCCCACUUGUAUUGUACAACACUGAGCUAUUUAAAUAGCCUCCUGAACCCAGUACUAAUUAGGAGUCAUGUUACAUACAUUCACACUGCACAUGAUGAGCAUGCAGAUGCGCAUGUACUCAAAAACACAGCUCAAUGAUUUGUGGUUACAGUCAUUUAACUCCAAGCUCUUGAUUAUUCCAGAUAUGCUGUAACAUUACUGUGGUCUGCUCAUUUUUAAGAAGGGAGCUGGUAUUCCUACAUGCCUGUCCACCUCACAGGUUUCCCCGUAAACUAAUUGAGAUCUCACUGGGUGGACUGAAGGUCUCUCAGCAGAAUAAUUUAUUUCUUCACUGUAACUGGCACCAUUCAUUAAUUGUCAAUUGUGAGCUAUGCUUUUGAGAGUCAAUGGGAUUUAAGGCAUUUGCUCUAAAAAUGGAACGUGCAUCCUUUCAAAUAACUGUAUUGCAGAGCCAAUUCCCCAGAGGAUGGUUGGCUUGCUCCACUGACUUUCAGUGACACUGUAUACAAAUGCUCUUUCAGAUCCUGGGACUGUUAACAGGUUUGGACAGUUAUCGAUGUGACAAGCAUCUAAAAUCUUGAACUUUCCCUUUAAGGAUCUGGUGUUGCUGUAGUGCUGCUUGCAUGUCAUUUGAAAGCUGUUCACUUCACUUCUUCCUCAGUUCAUGUUGACCCAGAAACCUGGUUUUUGUUUUACUUGCUAAAAUGUUUUCAGUUCAACUGCUACAAAACACAAAUAAAAUAUUUAAAGACAUAAAUAAAAUACAACCCAUAAUUACACAAGCAAUAGAAAUCUACAAAUAUGAAUAAACCACAUGCCCAAACAGGCGUUAUUACAAUGUCACUGGAAUUUCACAGUAAGAGGAUAAUGAAUCUGCUCUACUGCAUGUGUAAAAAGUCACUUUAACUAAGGGCACUCUAUGUACGUAUCUAUAAACUGCUCCCAUACAAACAUGUCUCCCUUUGUCUUUGAUUGAUAGCUGAUGUGGUCUGUGUAUAUAUAUAUGUAUGUUUUAAGGUAUUAUUUUAGAAAAAGAACAGAAUAUUAACAACACUGUUAUCCCUGAAUUUGAAGAACUGACCUAAUCUGAUAAGCACUUUGUAAAAACAAUGCCUAUAUAGGGAGGUGAUGACAGU